GUUAUCUUUCGACCGGCUACCGCGCAAGGCGGGCGUGUCAUUAUUCUUGAAGACGCAUAACUGCUGCGGCCUGAAGAAGAUGAAUUCUAAAGGCAUCGAGUAUUGCACGCGAGCUCGCGACGCCAACACCCUCAAUAGGAUCUGCGCUCAGAAACAUUUUACUAUAGAUAACUCAAACGUGACGGUCACACCAAUGUACCGACACAUGAAACGUCCACCGUAUCCAAAAACUAUUUUCGACGGCAAACAAAGACGAACUAUGAUUGGUCGCACUGAAAACCGAAAAGUAAUAAAUUCAGCUGUGCCUUUUAAAGAUAAAACUGAUGACAGAUCGAAAGUUACAGCAAAAACUCGAAAACCAGAAACACUUACUCGCGAUACCAAAUCAGCUGAGGCUAAACAUGAUAUCACUGCGCUAUCCAAUUCAACCGUGUCCAAACUUGACGUUUCUAAAUCAAAAUCCAAUACGACAGUUAUUAAAGUUGGAAAUAAAGUCAUUAACAUAAAAGAAUCUACAGAUAGACGCGAAAAGCAGGGCGUCGAUGAUCCUAAGCCAAUUGUUUCGAUUAAUGAAGUUGCUAAAACUAAAUCGAAUACAACCAAAAAUGAACUAGAAAACAAAGCUGUAAAAAUUAACGUACCUACAAAUAGAACUGAGAAACAUUUCAAAACUGAGCCUCAAAGCAAACAAAAAACGAAAAUGUCUAACAUUGACGAGGACAACCUGUUUGCGAAGCGACCGAUUACAAUGACGCCAACAUCGCUUGAAGAUGGAAAUGAUAACGAUGAAUUGAAUGACAGCGAGAUUCAAGAGUUGCUAUUGAGAAGCAUCAUUCUAGACGAAUGCGGCGGACCCGAUAGGAAAAUACCUGAUAAACAAAGCCUCGAAGUUGAAAGAGAAAACGGAUUGAGAAUGAAAAAGAUAAAUGUUGAUACUGAAGCGAAACCUCAUCUAUCUACAGGAAAAGCUCUCGCCGAAGAAAACGAUUAUGAUGAGCUGAAUGAUAACGAAAUAAAAGCGAUGCUCUCCGAGAUUAUCGUCAUAGAUGAAUGCGGCCUAAGCGAUAUGAAACCAAAAGAGACAUCUAAAAAAACGAAUGAGGAGCAAAUCGGUGUCAAAGUUAAAACGGAUAGUAAACUGAGAACGGAAAAGUCCGAUUUCCCAACGCUACCAAAUAAAUCGGAAGGAGCGAUAAAUGAAAAAUCCGAUGAUGAGUUAAGUGAUAGUGAGAUUCGCGCGAUGCUGGCCGAGAGCGUGGUCCUAGACGAAUGUGGCGAGUCGGACAGCGAAUAGGGCUGCUGAGACCGCAACUGUGUCUGUUCGUACCAUACAUUGGUGACGCAAUAACUGUACCAUAUGAACGUUUGCGAGAAUUACAAAUUGGAAUCGCGAUUUCAAAUAUUUUGUAUAAAUAAAGCAACUGACCAAACACACUUGGUGAAAAAUUAUACAUGUAAAAAAAAUAAUAGCACAAUACACUACGAUUGGCAAUGUACCUACAUGGCACAGAUGUUCUUGAAAAUAAUAAAGGUAGCGGAAAUAUAAAUACAUACAUUACGAACUUUAAAUGCUGUGUACAUAUUUAUUUUAAUUACCAUUAAUUUUAUUUUAUAGCCAAACUUAUUAUAUAUAAUGUGCGGGUAGUUAACGUAAAUAGUCAAAUAAUUCUCAUACUGUUCAUUGUACGAAAUAAAACUACAGAAUGCAUUUUGAGUUUAUUUAUUCUUUAUAAUGUUAUUUGUUAUUAUGGUAAUUAUAGACGAAGUAACUAUUGGUAUUUUCAUGAAACGAGAACUUGUAAUAAUUUAAUGUAAUAAUAAUUUUAAAUUUAAUAAGACAGAUAAAUUUUGAUGAUCAUCUUACUUCGGUGGCUCUGUGGUCUCCACCGCUUCUUCCACC